AGGGAAAUGAAUUUUGAAAACAACAGGGUAAUUUUGAUGCAAUUUCAUAGUGCCAACGUAGAUGUAUAUUUACUGAUAUCAAGUCACUUAUUAUGUAUGUAAUACCUUGUGACUGUUUAAACAAUACAAUAAAAAAAUUUAAAAAAUGUUUCCCAAAAAACAUUUUUUGCCUCUUGAAAAAUAUGCUUCGACAAGGAACUUUUUGAGUAAAAAUACGUUCUAUGAUUUUUUAGACACCCUGUAUAAUUUUCUUACAGUUUUUCACAGAUUUGCAAAUUUUUAAUGGAUUUACUUUUUAGCAUACAUGGAAGCAUUAGCGAUUGCGAUAAACUUUUGAACACACAUGGGACAAUUUUUUGCAACUGUAUGAUUUUAUUUUGUUCAGACAUUUCCAUUUUAAGUUAUUGGAUUUUUCUGUGAUAAUUUUUGUCCAGUUUCAAACUCUAUACAAUUGGAGAAGAGUUUUUGAAUAAAUUUUUGAACGAUUUUUUUGAUUUUAGUUACUUACCUGCUUGGAUUUUUAUAUUUUUCUAGAGACUUUUUUAUGCCAAAAAAAUGAGUGUUUUUCAAAAAUUUUCUAUUGUGAGAGAAUUUUUUAGAGUUGCAUAAUCUUCAAAAACUAAAAUUAGCCAAUUUCGGGAAAUUCAUCAUAAAUUUAAAAAAAUGAUUGGAUUAAGUAUUUAUAUGAUGGCUCCAAAUCAACAAGCAGGUAGUAUACCUUACUUACUGAAAAGUGGACAAACAAAAGAUAUUAGAUAUCAUUCUGAAAAAACACCCAUCUUUAGAAUAAUUGAAGGAGGACCAAACUUUAUCCAAAACUUCAAAUUUGAGGCCUUAAUUUGGAAAAUUCCAAAUUUUCACAUAAUAUUUUCCUUUCAAAUUAAAAGAUUGGUAAUUUAUCAUUAUGAUAAUGAAUGGCCCGAACAUUUGAAUUUUUUACUUCCUGAGUCGCACUUUCAGUCAAGUUUGAUAAUUCGACUGAAAAUUGGAGUCUCAUUUUGAAAAUUCUUCUACAUAUCACCUAAAACGAUCUCCUGCUCAUUUUCCAGUUUCUAGUCACCUUUUUAUUACGUUUUUUUGGUCACCAAAGUAAUUUUUUAGAGAAAAUUCAACAAGAUCUCUAAAAAUAUCCCUACAAGAAAGCUUCAAAGUUCUUUCAAGCGUACCUAGGUUUUUUCCACACUUACAAAAAUUCUAAAAAUGGACUUCAGCAUAUCGAAAUUUUGGUCACAGGGGUCAUAACAUUUAUCUUCUUCUCGCCUAUCUUAAAUUUCAUUCGAUUCAAAUCGAAUAACUUCCACUUUCCAGUCAUUCUUCUGUAAGUAAACAGAAACAUACAGAAUGGUGCCGGUAUUAUCGCUACAGGACGUGAAACUUUUUGUAUCACUAAUUACUUUAGUUGAAACGGUCAUUCCACCGGCUCGGCUGACAAGUUCAAGAAUCAAUGAAAGCCAUAUACGUUCCAUUCAGAUGCGAGACCAGUAUAAUUACGUUAGUAUACGUUCAAUUCUACCUGUUGUAUAGGCAGAUUACGAUUACCUAUACCUAAGCAAUGUUUUUGCAACUAGGUAGGUACUCUCAACAUGUAGGUAGGUAGUCUAUGAAGCAUAUCCAAACCCAUCUUCCUCAGUCUUGGCUUUCUUUUCCUUAUUUCGACUCCAUAAGGUACAUACAGAAUACUUUUAGACACCCUAUAUACCGCAUUUCCCUCAAAUUUUCUUCAAAAAAGGAUAGAAAAUUUCGACUUUCAUACCAAACUAGAUCGAAAACCACCACAAGCAUUUCCCAAAACCCAUCGUACUAAUCGAGUUCUCCACUCAUACGAUCCAGAUACGCUCAUAGUAUCAAUUAAAUGACGCAACAAAUUUUCCCUUUCCGAGUUCAUCCAGCGGAGUCGAGCUUGCAAGCAACGUAUAGAAAAAGGGCGUAUUAUCGGUAUUCGGUUAUUGGUAAUAUCAUUACACAUCGUUUCACUGCGUUAAGCUGUUUUGCUUUCAUAUAAAACAAAGGCCGGAACAUCGCGUGACCAAGUUUUUGGAGGAAAGACAACCUCGCCCUGGCAUACCAACGCCCCAAGCCUGGCGAUGAGGGCUUCCCUCCAAAAUUAUUCCAUAUCAUAGCCGGUCUUCGAUACGUGUGCAUCGGUGGCGCGUGUACCAACAUUCAUUUUAGUACAUACAACGUGUCAUAUUCUAUUAAAAUAUUAUAUAGUGAUUCGGUGUACCUACGAUUUAUUAAAAGGUAACUCAAAAAUUAUCCCAACACUCGGGUAAGUCUUCUAAUCAUAAAAAGCACUCUAAUCCUGUAAACGAGAAUUCAGCACUCACCCUCGUACAUUUUUUUUUCAAAUAUAAAACCCACCCUUCAUUUUGAAAAAAAAAUAACCACAUCGUGGUAUCGGGUAUUAGGCUACUCUUUAACCACGUAUUAGCAAUUACUUUAGACUUUAAUAUCGUUGAAAAAUCAUUAAUUUGUAAUACUAAACGCCCGCGUUCAUCGUGAAAAUGAAAAAUCUUUCUCUAGAUGCUGAUUCACGUCACAUCGACCAUAAAACAAGGUAUACAUAAACGCUGUGUACUCGCGGAAGUAUCAAAUUUAAAAAAUACGAGUAUUCCCCCCUGCAUGCUCCUGGGCCCAUUCGCGUACAAAAUAAUCAAAUAAUUUUCUCAGUGUAGGUCGCGGUAAAUUCGUGCAUAGGAUGUUUCAAUAAACGAAAAAAUUGUAUCCUAGUUUGUUCUAUAAUCAUUAAACAUAAUUAAAGAAUUGUCACAAUUAAGGCGUUCUCGAUGCGAAAUUCAUCUCUCUACUGUACGAAGGAGUAUAGACAGACCUUCGUAAUAGUAUAAUUGCCAUGUGCGAAAUUCGUAUAAUUUUUAAAACGUUCGCGAAAAAAUGCCAAUUGCAAUUUCAAAGGGUGCGCGACGAGACGUAUAAUUUGCUUAAUUUUUUUCAUACGAAAAGGCGUGUUGAGAAUUCGACCAAGUAUAAAAUAGUGGUUAGUCCUGAAACGAAAUUUUAGUCGAGUUGGCAUCGACUUUUAAAAAUAUAAUGAUACCCAUUUUCAGUUAAAAUUUCAUCAACUGUUACGUAAUCAUUAUUCGAUGAAAUUCGUAGCCUAUGUUGUACUCAGUCGAUCGAAAAUAUAUAAACACACUAUAUACACAGACGUAUUAUUAUAAAUGGUAUUGUUUGAAACUAAAACUCGACUUUUUCCCUGUAUCGAGUAAAUACAAUUCCCAAAACGAUAAAAUUUCCAAGGCUAUUCUAAAUUUAAUACGAAUCGAAUAAGGUACCUACGUAUGUACGCUUUUGGGUGAAAAAAAUUCAUCGAGUGGAAAUUUUCGAACACUAAAAAUAUGGAAUUAACUUUGAGAAGAUGUCGUUUUUAAUUUGUAUCUUAUGUUUAUUUAUUACAGCGAGCAACAAACUAAAAAAAAAAAAAAGUAAUAAAUAAAUAAAUUUUACGAUCUCGUAAAUAAACCAGAUGAUUAUAAAACACAUUAUUUAACAUGGUUUACAGCCAAGUCAAGAUUACUUAAUAUCAGAACUUAAAAUACGAAAAUUAAACGAAAUGUAUCUAAAUAAAGAGAAAAUUUUUUAAUUAAUGAUUCAUAUAAUAUGAAUUUUAAAAUGCGUUAACGAGCCAUGUCGGACGUUACUCAAAUUGUCAAUGAUCAACGAAACGUUAACGAAACUGCGAAAAGUUUCGAUUCUGUUGAAUCGGUACACAACAGAGGCAGACCACCAAUACCCAGCAACGAACGUCAAUUCGUACCUCAAGAUCCGAUCAAUCCAGCAGCUCGUUUCAGACCGGGAGAUUUAAACCAAUUUCAACUUUGGAGGCAACCUCCUCCUACAGGUAGACCACCUUUGGCUUACCCGCCACCGAAUAGAUUCGCUUCGAGGAAUGCCAACGAACCUCGACCGUUUCCUCCUCGUAAUCCAAUACCUCCUUUGAGGACUCAAGAGUUCCAAAACAGGAGAUCGUUCGAGAAACCCGAACGUGCUUACGAUAUCGACCUGAGCCCUGUGGAGAGUCGUCUUCGACCGAAUUCACCUUGGCAAAGGGUCAAGGAACGUUUACCUUUACAAAGUGCCAAUCACCAGAGCGAUAUGGAGUCGACUCAGAUGAAAAUAAACGCUUUCGAGGAUGCGAUGAAUCGCGAAAUGAAUAAAGACAGGAUACCUCCGCCGUUUAGAAGAGACUCUAUAGUCAAUGCUGACUCUAGACUAAAACCACAGUCCGAAAAAAGGUUCUCCGACGAGGAUGAAUCGUUUCGUAAAAACCGUCCCGGUGAUUUACCUAUCAAUCAAUCGAACGAUUUACGUAAACCGUCGAUGGUACCGGGUGAAUUUGCCAGACGAGAAGGUGCAGGCCCUGAUCCGAGACUAUUUGAUGCGAAUUCUCAGCAUCGUCCUAGUUUAACGCAGCUUCAAAUGAACGAGACGAAUUACAUCAAUGAUCGAGGCCAGCAAAACGCACCUCCGAAAACUAGACCUUUACAAGCGGUUCCCGAGUAUGAAAAUCGUAAUUAUAUCAAUCGAAAUGACGAAGAAAGGCUUCGAGAAGAUCAGAAUCGUAAUCAUAGGCAAGAUAGUUACGGCAGAGACUACAGAAAGCUCGGCGAUUUCGAGAAUAUCAAUAAGGAGAACAGGAAAUUCUCGAAUAGAUCCGAAGAUGAGUUAUCAGAUGAGACCAGAGUCUUGACGAGGAAAUAUUCGCAGAGGUCUUUUGAUAACGGACGUGAAAAUUACAACAAUCGAUUCGAUGGAGAUAAUAUGAAUUACGAUUCUGUCAGAGGGAAGAAUGAAGUGGCUUUUAAUAGAAUUGGUAAAUUAUGUUCACUUUAAAAAGCACUGAUCGGUUAAUUUUAGAAGUCACAAUUUUAGGUUAAAUUUACAAAAAUUGAGUUAUUUUCGGGUCAUUCCACGUCAAUUGGACCAAGAAGUGGUAGGGGGGUUCGGCGAUUUUUUUGAAAUUUUUCCUCUGGAAAGACCUUUCGAAGGGAUGACUAAUGGCGAAUUUUGAUUUUUAUGUGAGCAGUUCAUUUCAUCGAGUGAGAGGGUUUUUUCAACUUUUUCAACAGAUACGUAAAAAUAGGGGUCAAAUGGGCCAACUUCACCUAUCAAAACUUUUUUUCAUGUUUCAAAUCAAAAAAUCGCAUUUUUUCGCAAACUUUGAAUUUUUUAAAAUCAAUUUUACGAAAUAAUGCCAGCCUAAUUUUUUAAUGUGUUGUUCAGCAUGACAAGUUGUCCAUAAUAUAUUUUUUUCAGAAUUUUUGAGAGUCGGAACGAUAUGAAAACUACGUUUUGAAGCUUUUUGAGCUAAUUUUUUGUACAAAAAGGUGGCAACACUGAUUUUUAUGAUAUCACCAAAAAGCCUUUCAAAACCCUUAACCAUGGGAAAAUGUUCCAUUUUGGUAGGUAUCGCGGUUAUCGAGUAAUUCACUGAUGAAAUUGAUGAUAUUUUAGGUUCACUAAAAACUUUGACACCCCCUGGCUGCCGUUAAAAAUGGGCUAGAGGGCUGCGAUUUGCGCCAUUGGUCAUCCCUUCGGAAGGUCUUUCCACAGCAAAAAUUUCAAAAAAAUCGCCGAACACCCCUACCACUUCUUGGUCCAAUUGACGUGGAAUGGCCCUUUCUGGUCAUCACACGUGAUUGAAAUGAAAGUCUAAAAAGAGGGUCAUUAUUCCAGAAAAUUUUUGCACUAAAAUACAUAUUUUUUAUUUUAAAAUCGGAAGAUCCAUUUUGGAAGACGAAUUGCUUCGUACUCCCGCCCCCCUUCUCGUAUCUCAUUUCAGUUUUGGUCUUUUUCAUACCCAGAUAGAAAUUGUCUUUGUGAGGUUGCUCAAUGUAAUGGGCCUUUAAUUGUUUCUAGAAAUGCGAGUCAUUUUCUUCGUAGGACCUCUCUUUCUUUUGAAACUCAUUUUUUUGAAAUACAGUCCUCACCACAAAGAUCUUUCCUCCCAGAAUCCUUCAAAUCAAACCCCACGUCUCCUCCCUUUCUUUCGAUAAAACAAUCCUAAUAUUCUGCAAAAGGGAAAGUUCGCGUUCUACAUCUUUCUUCAUCUGUAUUUUUGCACAAGGGUCUUUGUUUUCCUCAAAAAUUGAUUUUUGAGAUGAUGAAAUUCAAAAAAAACUUGAACUUUUCCAUCACAAUAGACUGAUUUUUGAAAAAAUAAAGGGGUCCUACGAAAAAAAUUAUGAGAAACAAUAUUUUUGAGAAUAAAAUGUUUCGCUGAAAAGUAAUCAACCUUGUUCUGGAAAUUCUGUGAUUAUUUUGAACAAAAAUUAGAAUGCUCGACUUUAUUGAAUCAGAAUGAUUUUAUUUCCAUUGAUUGAUCUUUUCGAUGGUCACUUUUUCAGGCCAAUAAAUUUUCAAGCUCAUCUGAAGCUGAAGCAAUUUGAUUAUAAUACCUCCAAUUAAAAUAAUAAUUUCGUUCAACAAUAAAUUUGAAUCUGCGUACAAAAUCAUCAAAUCAAUCGAGUUCUGUAAAUUUACUGAGGACUCUUUCAGUUAUGCAAAAGGAACCUUUACAAUGAAUUCAACUCUGGGCCCUUUAAGCAUCAUUUUUUGGAGAGGGGGAGCUUUUUUGGAACAUUAUUGAAAAAAAACAUAAAAUGAUCGAGUUAGAAGGACUUUACAGAGACGACGAUCGAUAUUUUCAAGCCCACAAAUUUCAUUCUACAAUUUGGUAAAUUGAACGAAAUUUGGACAAAUUUUGGUAAUUUUUUCAACGUCAAAACCUAUUUUUUUUUCAAAUGCUGCAAUUAUAAAUUUUCUAGAAUUUAUCUUUUUGGUGAAUUGCUGACGAUUUAAAAUUUUAAAAAUGUAAAGAAUGAAAAAAUUUACUUCUAACGCCAAAAAUGAAUUUGUACUUCUCGAAUCAUGAGUUUUUGAAGGUUUUCACCAACUUUCCGCUCAAAUCAAUUUGCUCCCCUGCCCUCUCCCCCCCAAAAAAACAGUUGUUCAAAUUUGAAAGGUGUUGAAACCAGAAAAAUCGUGACGUUGAUUUACUUUAUAAUUCAUAAAUUUUCUAAAGCUUUUCCUCCUCGCGAACGAAUUUUCAACAAUUUUCAAGACAAAAAAAAAUAAAUGAGAACUUCAGGAAUGAAACCAAAUCAGUAGAAAACUUUCAAUUUUCGCUAUCAAACUCAUGAUUUUUAAGCAUUCAAAAUUACCUAUUCGGAAUUUCUAAACCCCCCCCCCCACCUCUCACUGUUAAAAACCAUCCUUAUUUUUUCAAAGCCAAAAAAACUCAAACAGCUAAAAGUUUCAAAACUUUUCUUUUGAAAAUUUAAAAAAAAAAAUCCACCAACAGUUAGAAUUAUGAAAUUUUGUUGGAAUUUCAAAAGUGUGAGACAUUUUCUGAUUAAAAAAAAUCAAAACAAAAUUAUUUUUGUAAUGACUAAGACCCUCCAAAACACAUUCAUUAUUCAAUCAUUCCCCAACUCAUCGAAUACGAAUACUCGACGAUGAUUUUCAACAUAAAAAUGAAAAAUCAUAACUUUACGUAAGACAUUUUCUGAAAGAUUACUCAUAUCCUCCGUACAAACAGAUUUUUUGACCGAAGAGGGUGAUGAGGAGAGUGGGAGGGAAGAAGAGGGACAAUAUUUUAUUUUUCAAGUCAGCUUUUUUUACUUUCAAAGAAGAUUCAAAAAAUGAAAAAAAAAGAAAUCACAAUUCGAAAAAAAAGAAUAGAAUAAAAAAAUCGAAAAAAAUCAAUACUUGAGACGUUUUAGCAAUUUGACAAAAAAUCAGAACAAAACACGUUCCUAUCCCUCUCCUCUCAUGCUCAAGUCGGGGUAAAAUAAUCUUCAAAACAAUAUAACAAUCAAUAAUACUUCAUACUUCCUCGACAACUCAACAACAACAUAAAAGAGUUCAUCAGUUCAUCUAUUUAGAAAAUUCCGUAUUGAAAAAAGUUCAAGUAAAUACCUACAUCUAUUAGUAUUACCUCUGGUUCUAUUGUAAUAAAAAUCAGGUGUAGGUCACUGAAAUGAAAACCAUUCGGCGGCACAACAUUACCUUGAAAAAAAAAUGACAAGCACAGGUACCUACACAAAAAGUGAUAAUAAAUUUAUGUACACUAACUACGCUGUCAAAAGGCUUCAUUCAUUAGUUUGUAAUAUGAAAAUAAUACAAAAUUCAAGUAACACAUCGUUAAUUCCUCGAACCUAACACGUAAAAGCUAUACAUCUAACCACACACGUGUUUUAAAAAAAUCUUCUGCAUUCAUUGUAAUAAGCGUGAGUAAAGUCUAUAAAAAUGGUUUUAAAUAUUAAAUUUUAUUUCCUAAUAAGUGCCAAGGUAGAUAGUUGGAAAAGUAGGCAAAAAAUAAAUGAUUAAAAUCCGAUCAUUUCAGCCGGCGAGCAAUUUAAACAACACAUUCUUUGGGUUUCAGGCCAAGGUGAAAAUUCUCUUUAUUUAUCUCGUUAGCUGGCAAUAUUGCCAAAAAUAAAUCCACAUGCGUGUGGUGAUGAGACAUUGUAAAAUUUAACAUAAUUCUUCGUCAAGUAGAUAACUUGUAAUUUUUACAAAUGGGCACUGCUAAUUGUAAUUUGUAAAUAUAGGUAAAUAUAAAAUGUAGAGAUGAAAGAAAGAAAGAUGGGAUGAUUUUUAAAAUUUUAGUAAAUACAAAUAGGCAGUCAUUUCAAAUUUUAAAUGUCGUAAUUUUUCCCACAACAAACAUCUGCUUUCUGCUUAUUUUAUUUACUUGUAUUAAAAUGAGAUGACAACAAAAUAUAAUAUUUUUUAUGAAUG